AUGUACAAUCCCAAAUCCGUUCUAUUAGCUCUCCUCUUGUCUUUGGCGCUGGUGCUAGCUGCUAAAAGCAGUGAACAGCUUCAGAUCGGAAUCAAGUAUAAACCUGAGGAAUGUCCUUUGAAGUCUAGGAAAGGUGACAAAUUGUCUAUGCACUAUACAGGUACUUUGGCUAAAGAUGGAAGUAAAUUUGAUAGUUCAUUAGAUCGUAAUCAACCUUUUGAAUUCACACUCGGCGCAGGUCAAGUCAUCAAAGGUUGGGAUCAAGGAUUACUUGAUAUGUGUGUGAGCGAAAAAAGGAAAUUGACAAUUCCACCUGAUAUGGGUUAUGGUGAAAGAGGUCAUCCUCCCGUUAUUCCUCCACAAAGUACCUUAGUUUUCGAAGUCGAGUUAUUAGGUAUCAAAAAUAGGUUUGUUGAUGAAUUAUAG